AUGGGAACAACUCAAGUGGGAACAACUGUCGCAGGCGCGAAACCUGUAGUGAUAGGAAUCUACGGUCUUCCUGGUUGUGGGAAGUCUUUCUUGUUGCAUCAGUUGAGCCAGAACUUAGGACAACAAUAUUUCGCAUUUUAUGAAGGCUCCAAAGUGAUCGGAGACCUUGUUCCUGGUGGCUUAGAGGUAUUCCGAGGCCUGGACAAGAAACAGCAGGACCAAUUGCGCAUUCGUGCUAUUGACAAGAUCAGACAAGAAGCGUCCAGCAGUGGUAAAACAGCAAUCCUGGCAGGACACUUCAUGUUUUGGCGGGAGGGUGAGGAAAACGGUGUCUGCGUGUGUACCCAGAACGACCUAGACACCUAUACUCACAUUCUUUACUUGGAUGUUCCUGCCGAACUCAUUGCUGAACGUCGAAAGAAUGACCACCAAAGAAAUCGUCCCGCUGUAUCUAUUGAGCAUCUACGCAUGUGGCAAAACUCCGAGAGAGACAUGCUGCGUAUGAAAUGCUAUUCCAACGGUAUCCUAUUUUUGCCUAUAUCACCGAGUCAAGGAUUGCUAGACAAAGUGUCGAUGCAAAUCCGAAUCUUCCGCGAGCACACAGAGGCCACCAAUAAACACCGUGCCAUUCGCCAACUUGACGACUUAAUCCUCGAGGGAGGAAAGCUGCUGAAAGUUAUGCUGGUGCUGGAUGGUGAUAAAACUCUAUCCGCGAAGGAUACUGGCGAGCUAUUCUGGAAAUUUCGAUCAGUAGAUCAGGAUCCCCAUUCAAGCACAACGGGAAAGAGCCCACUCAAGGCGUUAUUUGGUAGUCCGUUAGGCUACUCAUACAAUGCUUUUUUACAGGCCUCCCUGCUUUACGAGGAGACCUUAGUUCAGGAGGGAUUCGAGACAUACUGUACUCGGACAGCGUCGGCGGCAAAGAUGUACCCCCAAAUGGUGGACUUCAUACAAAACGCCUCAAAGCAAGUUCAUGUUGGUGUGAUGGUUUUAACUUGCGGGCUUCAGAGUAUCUGGGAGAAGAUUAUUCACGCCGAGGGUCUAUCAGAUCAGGUGAAAGUCUUCGGGAGUGGGCGCAUGGAGAACGGGCUUAUCAUCAGCCCCGACCUCAAGUCCUCCAUGAUUUCUCGCCUCCAAAACGGCCACCGACUAAACGUAUAUGCUUUCGGAGACAGCCCAGUCGAUUUGCCUAUGUUAAAGGCAGCGAAUCAUGCAGUCGUUGUGGUAGGUGACGAGAAUACCAGAAGCAAAUCGAUGGAGUCAGCCUUGUCGGACGCCAUCAGGAUUGACGGUCUUCAAGCUCGCCAAAUUCUUAUAGAUACGACCACUCCACGACUCAAUACCACAAAGGUACCAAUCAUCCAAUUCGAGAACUUAGAUUUCAUCAAUACGGCUUCACAGGAAUGUGGCCGUCUUAAGCUCCAGACGGCUAAUACGCUCACUGCCCGGCUGCUCAUGACUCCAACCCGUGAUGCAAGAAUCGUCGGGCCAUUCCUACAGGAGGCUCACAAGGAAAUUGGAUGGUACUUGGCAGUGCAUUUCCUAGCAACUAUAUUUGGCGUGGAGCAUGUUCCAAUACCACACGUUCAAGGACAUGAAACAGAUGGCUAUCGGCUGCGCUGCGAGAAACAGACGUUGAUCAUUGCCCUCAUGCGCGGAGGCGAACCAAUGGCAUCGGGAGUGCUCAAGGCGCUCCCUCUUGCACAGUUCCUACAUGCAUCUGACGUCAAGGACAUCAAGGACCACCUUAUAACGAGAAAUCGUCAAGUCUUGCUCGUGGACUCCGUGAUUAAUAGUGGUAGGACAGUGGUGGAGUUUGUUCGGCACAUACGCAAGAUAGAUGAGGACAUCCCCAUAGUAAUAAUCGCUGGUGUCGUUCAGAGCGGUGUCGUUUCUGAGAGUGAGUAUGCCCAAGAGCUCGGGGGCUUUCAGAAUCUUUCUCUUGUGGCCCUUCGAUCCUCGGACCACAAGUAUGUUGGCAGAGGCGGCACUGACACUGGCAACCGCCUAUUCAACACGACGAACUUGCCCUGA